GGGAUUCCCCAACAACGCAAACGACAACACGGUGAUGUGCAAGUCAGCUCUAUGAACAGAAACCGAAACUGCAUCCGAGAAGCGAAAGUGAAAAUAGCAUAAUGAGUAAGACAUUCACAUCGCGUCCAUCAGUUACCAACAGGCCCCGCGGGUCUACCAGAGGCACAGGGAACCAAGCUGCCACGAGGGGUGCGGCGCGAGGGGCAUCCACGGGACGAGGAGCUGUCGGAAGUCGGUCAGUUCGAGGCAGAGUUAAUCCGUCAACUAGAGGGGGGAUGUACAAUCAAGACAUGGGGUCGCGAGGGGGACGAGGAGGGGCAUACCCCCGUCGACGAGGAGGGACGCACCCCCCAAGACCAGGAGGAACGUACCCCCCAAGACCAGGCGAGGAGGACGAGGGAGGGACCGGUGAUACGGACCAGAGAGGGGCCGGUACUACGGACCAGACAGUGUCUCAUCAAGGAGCAUAUUCUGUAAUCAGUCCAAACGAGAAGAAAAGGAAACAGAUUUCUGAGCAGGCCCGGCGUGAAACAGAAGCCUAUGAGAGACACAAGGCUGAGAACAAGCCAGGCCACGUCUCAUAUCAUGGAACAGUAGGUGGAGGCGAGAUGACCGAGACUGAAGCAAGGAGUAAAAUGGCGAUGACCAACGCAAGUGCCAAGUUCAACAUGCUGGAGCGACAGAGGAAGAGGAAGGAGGAGGAGAAGAGACAUCUGGAGGAGGAGUUCUCAAAGAAGAAGAUGGACGCCAGGAGGAAGACAGAGAACAAUGAGAGGCGAGCACAGAGAGAAGAUGAAAAGAAAAGAGAAGAAAUGGAGACGAUUAAAAACAAAUUUCUGGACAGAUUCGAACAACCUGCUCCAAAAGAUGUUCCCCCCAAGGCUUCAAAUCCAUCAAGUUCCUCCAAUAUCUCCAUUCCAUCCAGGUCAAGUGACCCUCAGCCUCGUUCUCACCCAGCCAAUGAACGACGACAACUGGAACAAGAUCAUCCAAUGAGAGAUAGAAACACUGAUCACAUGACCCCCGAAAUGAACUCUGAUCUUGAGACUUUACAUGCAAUGUUUCCCCAGUUCCCUGUUUCGGCCAUUAAGGAGAUAUACUCUCAGAGUGGGUCGCUAGAGGUCACAGCAGAAUUACUGGCAGAUAGAUGAACUGAAGCAACAUGAAUAACCCAUCUUCCCGAGGCAAGAGAGUUAACUGACUUUAAAAGUCCAGUUUCCAACCUUGCCGAACUAGGCUUGAAUUACUGGGCUCGAUCGUAGCGCCACCAGUGGCUAUUACCAGUUAUGUCCAUUUUAAGCCUCUCCUAUGGACCAAUCAGAUUCCACCUCUCGUAUCACUUGCAUUUGCUUCACUAAAAUGGUGGCGUGCAGUCAGGA